AUGUAUCAAUACGUCAAUUCCACCAAAUGCAUCUCGAAAUAUCGUCUAAAUGAUAAUGUGAUCGAUUGUUUUUAUUGUGAUGAUGAACAGAUGACUGUGAUUAAUGGCACUUGUUCAAUGAAACAAUAUAGAAAACCCUUCACUUGUAGUAUUAACAAUACAUGUAUUUCAUAUGAUCGUGUUGAAGACACUGUGUGCGAUUGUGAAAAAUAUGAUUUUCGUUUAUGUGAAGAUGAAAGUCCUGAUAAAUACUAUGCUAUUAGUCACAUCUCGUUUCAAACAAUAUGUGAUGGAUUUGUUGAAUUCUGGCCAGUAAAUAUCGAUGGUCGAAAUGAAACGGAUGAAACAGAAUGUAAAUGGUGGUCAUGCAAUAACACUUACACACAUUGUGAUGGCAUCUGGAACUGCUUCGAUGGAGUUGAUGAAGUCGAUUAUGAUUGUUCACCCUUAAUUCAUUGUCCUUUGCAACAUCACGUGUAUGUUUCGCCUGAAACGAAUCAAUUGACAUGCCUGCCUAUUCAAAAAGCAAACGAUGGCAAUUUUGAUUGUAUUGGUGACACUGAUGAGUCAAAAUAA